AUGAAGCUAGUCCAACGCUUUGCAUUGGCAUUGCUCCCAGUCUAUACACUCCACGCCUUGAUCGCCCCCGUGCAGGAUCAACAACAUGCGAUACAACAGCCGUCUUUAGCUCUGGGCGGGCACACUCUCGACCAUGGUGAGCUCUCGGAUGUGAUAGCUGCUUCGCCCUUGUUGUCGCUGCAUCGUGCCAUUUGCGAAGUCGAAUCGAUUUCGGAUAAUGAGGCGGCAGUGGGGAAGCUCCUGGUCUCGAUUCUGGAAGCGCACAACUUUACGGUGCUUACGCAGAGUGUGCCGCCGCCAUCGGCACUGGGUUCGACAAGCAGCAGCAGCAGCACAAAGGAGAGAUUCAACAUCUAUGCCUACCCGGAUGUUGCGCAGUAUGGGCGCUCCGCUGCGUCUGCCGGGGAGGAACGAAGCCUGCCAAAGGUACUCUUGACGUCGCACAUUGACACGGUCCCGCCGCAUAUCCCGUACUCGCUGUCUCUCCCCACGAAGGGAGACAACUCUGGUUCUACGACAUCGUUCUCGCGCAGGGAUAUACUCAUCUCCGGUCGCGGGACGGUCGACGACAAAGCUUGCGUGGCUGUUCAAAUCCAAGCCGCGUUGGACCUGCUCGCGGACCCCGCCAUUUCCACGUCCGUCUCCCCUUCUGACCUUGCGCUGCUGUUUGUGGUAGGCGAGGAAACGAGGGGCGAUGGCAUGCGCCACUUCUCCUCGUCGCAGCUCUACAAAGACACCCGCGACGACUACAAAGCAAUUCUCUUCGGCGAGCCCACGGAGGGCAAACUAGCAACUGGCCACAAGGGGAUUGAGAUGCUCUCUCUACGCGCACGUGGUAAAGCGGCGCACAGCGGUUAUCCAUGGCUUGGGAGGAGUGCUAAUAGUAUGAUCCUGCCCGCACUUGUGGCUCUGGAUGGAUUGGGAGAUGCACCCGAGGAGGAGGGCGGACUGCCCAGGAGCGACAAGUACGGCAAGUCUACGGUGAAUGUUGGAUUCAUGCAGGGAGGUGUGGCGGGCAACGUCGUCCCCGAGUUUGCCAUGGCCGACGUGACCUUCAGGCUCGCAGGGGGAACUGUCCCAGACGUUCGCAGAAUCGUCACGGACGCGGUGCGAAAGGCCGACCCCGAGGGCUGGUUGGAACUGCAGUUCUCUCAAGGAUACGGGCCCAUACCGUUGGAUGCAGACGUGGAUGGUUUCGAAACGAUCACGGUGAACUACGGGACCGAUGUGCCGAAUCUGGAUGUCGAGGAAGGGGUCAAGAAGUAUCUCUACGGGCCAGGGAGUAUUCUUGUGGCCCAUGGCAAGGACGAGGGGCUUACCGUGGGGGAUAUGGAGGAGGCGUUGGAGGGAUAUAAGAGAUUAGUGACGCAUGCGUUGAAACUGUAA